GUCUGUGCAGUGUAAGGGAAUACGUUGUUUUUCCUUCUGUAACUUGUCUGGAAAUCUCAGUUUAAAAAAUGUUCAGGAAAAAAAAAAUGGCCAACAUUUUCAGGAAAUAAAAACGUUCACGAAAUAGCUGAAAUAUGAGAUGAUAUAACUACAACAGGGAGGAGCAAAACAAAAGUUGUUCUUCAAAGCUGAAUGACCUUUGAACAGCAACUCGAUUCCUGGUGAGCUUAGCUAUAUGGAAAAAAAAAAUGGCCAACAUUUUCAGGAAAUAAAAACGUUCACGAAAUAGCUGACAUAUGAGAUGAUAUAACUACAACAGGGAGGAGCAAAACAAAAGUUGUUCUUCAAAGCUGAAUGACCUUUGAACAGCAACUCGAUUCCUGGUGAGCUUAGCUAUAUGAAAGCAGUGUCAUGGGUCAGUUUUUUUCGAAGAAAAAGACAAAUAAGGCUGAACACACACCAGGAGAUACAGCUGACAACGCUGAUUGUUCUCCAUUUGAGACCCUGGACCAUGAAACCAGCCAGAGUUCAGUGAUAAGCAGCUCCAGGCCAGAUGAUCCAGUGAUCCGAAUUCUUCUGAUGGGCAGAAAUGCUUCUGGUAAAAGCUCGUCUGGAAACUCAAUACUGGGAGAAAAAAAAUUUAAAGUGAAAUUUAAAAAGAAGCAUGAGUGUGAAGUUUGUGAAGAAGCAGUUUGGGUUGGAGAGAAGCAGGUGUAUGUGAUUGAUUGUCCAGAUCUAUUGGAUCCAGAUCUGAAUAAAGACCAGCUGGAGGAGAUGAACGAGCAGCUGGUUUCUCGAUGUUCAGCAGGUCUCAGCGCAGUUCUGCUCACCGUUCCUCUAGAGCAACCUGUGCAAAAUGAGGAAGAGAUCCUGGAUUAUAUGAAGUGUUUAUUUGGUCCUGAAGUUCAGAAAUACGUCAUGAUUCUGUUCACACAUGGAGAUGAACUGGAGGAUCUGGAUCAAACCAUUGAUGAAUAUCUACAAAACAAUGAUAAUGCAGAUCUACAAAAACUGGUGACUGAAUGUGGAGGAAAGUUUCACUGUUUCAAUAACAAGAGUAAAAUAGAUCAGAGACAAGAACUACUGCAGAAGAUUGUAGAAUUGAUGGUGGCGAAUGGAGGGAAAUUUAUUAUGGAACAAAUGAAGAAGAGAUCAAGCAAGGAUGAUCCUGAUGUCAAUUUUUCAGGAGAGUCUCCAGCAGAUGAUCCAGAUGAGACUGAUGUGAUUCCUGAGAGGAAAGAUCUCAGGCUGGUUCUGCUGGGAAAAACUGGAUCUGGGAAAAGUGCAGCAGGAAACACCAUCAUCGGCAGAAACCUGUUCAAAUCUUCAGCCAGCUCAAGCUCUCAGACAAAACAGUGUCAGUCAAACAGUAGAGUGAGGUUUGGUAAACAGAUCUCAGUGAUUGAUACACCAGGACUUUAUGAUACUAAACUCAGUAAAGAUGAGGUUAUUACAGAAAUACUUAAAUGCAUAACAUUCGCCUCUCCCGGACCACAUGUUUUUAUUAUUGUGCUUAAAGUGGGUCGAUUCACUGAGGAGGAGAAAAAUACAAUAAAGGAGCUCAAAGAAGUGUUUGGGGAACAGAUAGAAAAAUACACCAUGAUCAUCUUCACUCACAAAGAUCAGUUAGAGGAGGAAAAGAAAACCAUUGAACAGUAUCUUAAUAAUGGUGAUCCAGAUCUUCAGUCCCUCAUACGUAGUUGUGGAAACAGAUUCUUCAGUCUGGACAACAAGUCAGCCAGUUUCCCACAGUUCAAAGAUCUGAUUAGUAAAAUAGAGAAGAUGCUGAAAGAAAAUGGAGGGACACACUUCACCAAUGACGUGUUUGAGGGAACAGAGAAAUGCAUUCAGGAGAUUCAGAAACAGAAACUGAAUGAGAAAGUAAAGCAGUACAAACAAAAGAAUAAUGGGGGCAUUUUAACAAAAUGGCAGAAAAUAUACUGGAGUUUAAUAGAGGAAUCACGACUGGAAGCUGAGCAGAGUGUGUUUGCUGAUGUAAACAUAGCAGGUGCAGCCAGACUCCUGAGUAACGUGGUGGUGACUGAUGAGGUGAGAAAGAGAGCCAUAAAGGACGCUGAGAGCUUAGGAAUCAGCCGUAUGGAAGCUGUUGAACUUGCAGCCAGAGCCACAGAGAAACUAGUAGACCAGAACAUGUGUGGGAUUCAGUGAGAAACAUCAUCAGCCAAACACAACUACUGACAACAAUAACUAUAUUAGUUACUGUAGUGUAACUGUAUGGUUGUCUGUAAUUGUGUAAAGGGCUGAUGGUGUGUGUUGAUCUCACAACCGGGAUUAGCACACAACGUGACAUAAUGACUCAUUUGAACCGAUUCAUUUAAUGAAUGGUUAAAACAACCGAUCUGUCCAACGCUGAACUCAAUCGGUAUACAACAAUAACAAAUCAUUUACUCAGAACACCUCAGAAAUUAGAUUGUAAGUGUGAUUUAGCCUUAAUAAAAUGUAACCUUCAUAAUAAUAAAAGAUUUAGCCUUAAUAAUCUACAGUAAUUGCAUGUUGUUGGUAUGACAAUGUGUAAUAAAUUACCUAUAAAAUAAUUUAGUUUAGACUGUAGCUGUAUUGAAACCAGCACAAAGCAAUUUGUUAGCUAGCUGAAAAUUUAUUUCAGAUGUAUAUGGUAAAAAAAUAAGACAGUUAAAAUAGACUUAUGGUACUUUUUAAUGAUUUCCGGUUCACCAAAGAAGUAUCAUAUCUUCCAAAAAUAUUAAAGCCAGUGGAAAAAAAAAAAAAAUUCCAACAUUUAGAUAUAUGCUGCAAGGUGGCUGUGGAUGAGGUCCAUCAAGAUGAAAUUGACUAUAGAGACCUUGCAAACAUAAAUUGUUCUACAGUAAGUCAUUAAAAAAACAAAAACAAAAAAAAAAACAAAAACAAAAGGAAAAUGUUUUUCAGCAGGCUGUGAUAUUUGUAGAUAGACAAAUUGUGAAACCCUAAUUUUCUGACUAUACUUUGGUGAUGGUGACAUUUGCAUGUAAAAACUUUGUUUUGUUAUAAGCUAUGCCCUGACAGUGACUGUUCUUUUCUUGCAUGAAUAAAUAUGAUAAGCAAGUUUUAUCAUCA